AAAUAGCAUUAGUAUUUAUUCACAUCGCAUUGGUAUCGCUUGCAGUUCGCAUCGCCAGACUUGUACGUUGGAAAUCGAAUAUCAUUGGUAAAUCAAAAAGAAUUUGUAGAUAAAACUCAUUGUUUACUCUCGCUGUGCCACAAAUCGCAAAGUCAGGCGGAAAAUCAGUCGAAAAAAUUUUUCACAACAACCCAAAUCAAAAUGAGUUCCGCUGAGUACUACCCGUUCAAGUGCACACCCACCGUCUACCCGGCGGAUCCCUUCGAUCCCGUCGAGGAUGCGGCUAUUCUGCGCAAGGCGAUGAAGGGCUUCGGCACCGACGAGAAGGCCAUCAUCGAGAUCCUGGCCAGGCGUGGCAUCGUCCAGCGUUUGGAGAUCGCUGAGGCGUUCAAGACCUCGUACGGCAAGGACCUGAUCUCGGACCUCAAGUCCGAGCUGGGCGGCAAGUUCGAGGAUGUUAUCCUGGCUCUGAUGACGCCGCUGCCCCAGUUCUAUGCCCAGGAGCUGCACGACGCCAUCUCGGGACUGGGAACCGACGAGGAGGCCAUCAUCGAGAUCCUCUGCACGCUGUCCAACUACGGCAUCAAGACCAUUGCCCAGUUCUACGAGCAGAGCUUCGGCAAAUCCCUAGAGUCCGACCUGAAGGGCGACACCAGUGGCCACUUUAAGCGGCUGUGCGUCUCCCUCGUCCAGGGCAACCGGGAUGAGAACCAGGGCGUGGACGAGGCAGCGGCCAUCGCCGAUGCCCAGGCCCUGCACGACGCCGGCGAGGGACAGUGGGGCACAGAUGAGUCCACCUUCAACUCGAUCCUGAUCACCCGCUCCUACCAGCAGCUGCGCCAGAUCUUCCUGGAAUACGAGAACCUGUCGGGCAACGACAUCGAGAAGGCCAUCAAGCGGGAGUUCAGCGGCUCCGUGGAGAAGGGUUUCCUGGCCAUCGUCAAGUGCUGCAAGUCCAAGAUCGACUACUUUUCGGAGCGCCUGCACGACUCCAUGGCCGGCAUGGGCACCAAGGACAAGACGCUGAUCCGCAUCAUCGUCAGCCGGUCGGAGAUCGAUCUGGGUGACAUCAAAGAGGCAUUCCAGAACAAGUACGGCAAGAGCUUGGAGUCCUGGAUCAAGGACGACCUCUCCGGAGACUACAGCUACGUUUUGCAGCGCCUGGCCUCCUACUAAGAAUUUCCUCGUGGACGAGGCGCUUCACAUCGAUUGUUAACCAUUCUAUUUGUUGUAACUCUUAUUUUAAGGCAAGCCUCGAUAGCCAACUUUUCAGUGGAAGAUUCAUAGCCUAUUUUCAAUUCAUAAAUGCACUGUAAAAUCGCGGUAAAGAA